CCUGAGAGCCAGUCCAUUCUCGGGGAAACCACGAGUCCCCUGGCACAGGCAGCUCUCCCUACUUUCCGGAGGGAUUUCUUUUGUGCGACUUGGAGAGGGGCUCAUGAAUGAUUGCUGAACGUGUGCCUCGCUCAGGCAAGCCGCGCAGGGAGGGAGUGACCCAGCCGAGUGUGGGCAGAGCCGGCGAACACAGACCGCGCAGUGCUGGAAUUGGCUCCACUCUUGCAGUUUUUGAAGUCAGCAAAACAGAAAUCAAAUUACUCUCCUGUUAUGCCGGUUGAGGCUCAAGAAGAAGGGACUCUACACUGGCUUAAUUACCGUGGGAGAUGCAGCAAGUCCCAGAACAGCAAAGUAUGUCUAACGUGUGGACCCUGAAGACAAAUGAUCGCAUUUUUCUCCCCGAAUGCUCCAAACUCUGCAACCUCUGUUAAAAAGUUCAUCCUGCUUUUCUGACCUUGCUUUGAAGGGAAAAAAAUAAAUAAAUAAAUGAAACCAAACAAGACUCCACUAACCCCGUGAAGGAAGGAGAUACAAAAAGCCACUGCAGUUCAGCUCCCAUUGUAAUCAUGAGAGAAAAAAGGCGACCCAAGGAGCCCAGCAUGUACGCCGGCUUCAGUGUGACAGAGCGUGGGGACAGAAAGAUGGAUGGCGAGCUGAGGUUCUAACUUGGUAGUUUUUCUUUACUUCAUCUGCUACAAAUUCCGGCUUAGAAAUGGAUAUUCUUUUUGAGGAAAAUGCUUCAUUGAGCCCAACAACAAACUCCUUAAUGCAAUCAAAUGAGGACCCUAGGCUCUACAUCAAUGACUUUAACUCCGCAGAAGCUAACACUUCAGAUGUAUUUAACUGGACAGUGGACUCGGAAAAUCGAACCAACCUUUCCUGUGAGGGCUGUCUCUCACCACCAUGCUUCUCCUUACUUCAUCUCCAGGAAAAAAACUGGUCUGCUUUGUUGACAGCUGUAGUGAUUAUUCUAACCAUUGCUGGGAACAUACUCGUCAUCAUGGCAGUGUCCCUAGAGAAAAAGCUGCAGAACGCCACCAACUAUUUCCUGAUGUCACUUGCCAUAGCUGAUAUGCUGCUGGGUUUCCUUGUCAUGCCCGUGUCCAUGCUAACCAUCCUGUAUGGUUACCGGUGGCCUCUGCCUAGCAAGCUCUGUGCUGUCUGGAUUUACCUGGAUGUGCUCUUCUCCACGGCUUCCAUCAUGCACCUCUGUGCGAUCUCACUAGACCGCUACGUUGCCAUCCAGAACCCCAUCCAUCAUAGCCGGUUCAACUCCAGAACCAAGGCCUUUCUGAAAAUAAUUGCUGUUUGGACCAUAUCAGUGGGUAUCUCUAUGCCAAUACCAGUCUUCGGGCUACAGGAUGAUUCCAAGGUCUUUAAGGAAGGGAGCUGCUUACUUGCGGAUGACAACUUUGUCCUGAUCGGCUCUUUCGUGUCAUUCUUCAUUCCCUUAACCAUCAUGGUGAUCACCUACUUUCUAACUAUCAAGUCACUCCAGAAAGAAGCUACUCUGUGUGUGAGUGAUCUUGGCACACGGGCCAAACUAUCGUCUUUCAGCUUCCUCCCUCAGAGUUCCCUGUCUUCAGAAAAGCUCUUCCAGCGAUCCAUCCACAGGGAGCCAGGGUCCUAUGGCAGGAGGACUAUGCAGUCCAUCAGCAACGAGCAAAAAGCUUGCAAGGUGCUGGGCAUCGUCUUCUUUCUGUUUGUGGUGAUGUGGUGCCCAUUCUUCAUCACGAACAUAAUGGCCGUCAUCUGCAAAGAGUCCUGCAACGAGAACAUCAUCGGAGCCCUCCUCAACGUGUUUGUUUGGAUCGGUUACCUCUCCUCGGCGGUCAACCCACUCGUGUACACACUGUUCAACAAGACCUACAGGUCAGCCUUUUCCCGGUAUAUUCAAUGUCAGUACAAGGAAAAUAAAAAACCAUUGCAGUUAAUUUUAGUGAACACUAUACCGGCCUUGGCCUACAAAUCUAGUCAGCUCCAAAUAGGACAAAAAAAGAAUUCCAAGAAAGAUGCCAAGAGCACAGAUAAUGACUACAGUAUGGUUGCUCUAGGAAAACAGCAUUCAGAAGAUGCUCCUACAGACAAUAUUAACACAGUGAGUGAAAAGGUUAGCUGUGUGUGAGAGACUGGUUGCCAUAGCAACCACAGACGGCACACUAGGCAAAUUUUCACUUAUUCUGGGGGAAAAAAAAAAAAGAAAAUAGGGAGA